UUGCGUUGAUGCCUCUGCUCUGCCAGACAUGCGCAAGAGCGUCAGCAGCAGCAGCACCAACACCACCGCUGCGCUGCGUUUCCGCCUUGGCUGAGCGGCGCACAGAGCCGAGAGGGGAGGGGAGGGAAGCCGAGAAGAAGAGUGGAGCCACCGAGACGCAGUGGGGCACAGCACGGACUCCGAGCAAAUUACACCGACGCACCAACCUCCGAGCAGCUCCUCUCCAAAUUUACACGUCAAAAAAAAAGAAAAGAAAAGAAGCGAUCUGUGCGGUGUGAGCCAGAGCCUUCCAUUCCAGCAUGGAGACUGCGCUAAAUAACAAUCGCUCAAAUGUGAGAUUUACACGGGAAAGCAGAAGAGAGAGCGCUUGAGUGUGCGUGUGUGUGUGCGCGCGCGCGCGUGUGUGUCGGAGAGAAAGUGGCCAUCCCCUUCAUCUUUUGCGGGUGAUCUCAAUUCUGUGCUCUGCAGUCUGAAGAUGAAGAAGUUCAACAUCAGGAAGGUGCUGGACGGCUUGAAAGAGGUAUCCUCCUCCACCCCGUCUGUCCAAGUGGGGCCACAGGAGAACCAUCUGAUCCAGGAGACCCUCCAGUCCGAGCAUUUCCAGCUCUGCAAGACUGUCCGUCAUGGCUUCCCCUACCAGCCGUCGUCCAUGGCUUUCGACCCUGUGCAGAAGAUACUGGCCAUCGGCACCCAGAAUGGAGCUCUCAGAUUGUUUGGUCGUCCAGGCGUGGAGUGUUACUGUCAGCAUGAGAGUGGAGCGGCCGUCAUCCAGCUCCAGUUUCUCAUCAAUGAGGGAGCGCUGGUGAGCGCCCUGGCUGACGACAGUGUUCACCUGUGGAACCUGAGGCAGAAGAGACCAGCCAUCCUCCACUCCCUCAAGUUCAGCAAAGAGAGAAUAACUUUCUGCCACCUGCCCUUCCAGAGUAAAUGGUUGUACAUCGGCACAGAACGAGGGAACAUCCACCUCGUCAACGUGGAGUCCUUUAUGCUCUCAGGCUACGUCAUCAUGUGGAACAAAGCCAUUGAACUGUCCUCCAAGGCUCACCCUGGACCAGUUGUGCACAUAAGUGACAACCCCAUGGAUGAGGGAAAGCUUAUAAUUGGAUACGAGUCUGGGAUCGUGGUCCUAUGGGAUCUGAAAUCAAAGAAGGCCGACUGUCGCUACACUUACGAUGAGGCGAUCCACUCAGUUGCCUGGCAUCACGAGGGCAAGCAGUUCAUUUGCAGUCACUCAGAUGGAACUCUGACCAUAUGGAACAUCAGAGGCCAGGGCAAGCCCAUACAGACAAUCACCCCACACGGAAAACAGCCCAAGGACGGGAAGAAGCCAGAGCCUUGUAAACCCAUUCUCAAAGUGGAGUACAAAACCACCAGAAUUGGGGAGCCCUUCAUGAUCCUGUCCGGAGGUCUGUCCUACGACACGGUAGGACGGCGUCCAUGUCUGACUGUAAUGCACGGGAAGAGCACCGCCGUGCUGGAGAUGGACUAUCCAAUAGUGGACUUCCUCACACUCUGUGAGACACCAUACGCUAACGAUUUUCAGGAACCUUACGCUGUGGUGGUCCUUCUGGAAAAGGAUUUAGUGGUGAUCGACCUUGCACAAAAUGGUUACCCCAUAUUCGAGAACCCCUACCCUCUGACUAUCCACGAGUCUCCUGUGACCUGCUGCGAGUACUUUGCCGACUGCCCUGUGGACCUCAUACCUGCACUUUACUCCGUCGGCUCUCGGCAGAAACGACAGGGCUACAGCAAAAAGGAAUGGCCUAUUAGUGGUGGAAACUGGGGUCAAGGCACACAGAGCUACCCAGAGAUCAUCAUCACUGGGCAUGCUGAUGGAACCGUGAAGUUCUGGGAUGCCUCUGCAAUAAUGCUCCAGGUGCUUUAUAAGCUCAAAACAGCCAAGGUGUUUGACAGAAACCGGUCCAAGGAGGACAAAGGCAGCACCGAGGUGUCAGAUGAAGACCCCUUUGCCAUUCAAAUCAUGGCCUGGUGCCCUGAAAGCCGAAUGUUGUGUGUGGCCGGGGUGUCAGCCAACGUUAUCAUCUACCGCUUCAGCAAACUGGAAGUAACUACUGAGGUGGUGCAGUUACUAGAGGUGCGGAUGCAGUACGAGCUGAACGACAUCGAGUCUCCAGACUGCGGAGGGGGAGAACAGACAUCGGCGCUUCCCACCCCCGGUGCCUCCCCUCAGACGAGCGGCCCACCUUCACACCCCUCCACCAGCAGCAACAACUCUGACGGAGGCAACAUGCCCUGCCUCAAAGUGCGCAGUACCCCUCUGAAGCAGUCUGCAGGUUACCAGGUAGAUUUGGUGGUCCAGUUAGUGUGGGUGAGCGGAGAGCCUCCGCAGCAGAUCACAAGUCUGGCGCUCAAUUCCUCCUACGGCCUUGUGGUGUUUGGCAACAGUAACGGUCUGGCAGUGGUGGACUACGUCCAGAAGACGGUGGUGCUCAACCUGGGGACGGUGGAGCUCUACGGCUCCAAUGACCCCUACCAGAGACAGCCCCGCUCGCCAAGGAAGACACGACAGCCCUCUGGAGGUCUGUGCGACAUCAACGAGGGCUCAGCCACAUCAGAGGACCGCUGCAAGUCCCCUACUUCAGUCCUCCUGUCUGUAUGCCCGCCGCGGGGUGCCAACCCAUUAGACCACCGGGACAAUUCUUUCAGCCGCUCACGCUCCUCCAGCGUCACCAGUAUCGACAAGGAAGCACGAGAGGCCAUCAGCUCCUUCCACUUCAGUGAGACCUUUGCCCGGAAGGGGGAUAGCACUUUGACACCCUGCCUGUACGUGGGCACCACUCUGGGCACGGUGCUUGCUCUAGCGCUCACAUUGCCCCCUGCUGGGGAGCAACGGCAACUGCAGCCAGUUAUCAUUUCACCGACAGGCAUGCUGGUGCGGCUGAAGGGCAGCAUCAUGCGGAUGGCUUACCUGGAUUCUACAGGUGCCAUGCUGCCCCCUGCCUUUGAGCCUUGGUUUGAGCCCAACGUGACAGCAGAUGGUGAAGAAAGGGAGAAGGUCCGUAAGCGCCGGCCCGUCUCAGUGUCCCCUUCCACCUCCCAGGACCUCAACGAGAGCCAGUACGCCGUGGUGUGUUCGGAGAAACAGGCCAAAGUCAUUUCCCUCCCGUCCCAGACCUGCAUCUAUAAACACAGUAUCACAGAGACCUCCUUUAUCCUACGGGCAGAUGUGGUGCAGAUGAGCCAAGGCGUGUGUCUGGCGUGUUUCUGCGCCAAUGGCCACAUCAUGACCCUCAGUGUGCCGGGACUGAGACCGCUCAUGGAUGUAAACUACCUGCCUUUGACAGACAUGCGGAUAGCAAGGACGUUCUGCUUCACCAACCUGGGUCAGGCCAUGUACCUCUGCUCCCCCACUGAGGCCCAGAGGCUCACUUACAGCCAGGACACCUGUGAAAACCUGCAGGAGAUGCUGGGGGAACUUUUUACACCAGUGGAGACACCAGAGGCUCCCAACAGAGGGUUCUUCAAAGGCCUCUUUGGGGGAGGAGCACAGUCACUGGACAGAGAGGAGCUAUUUGGUGAGAUAUCAUCUGGAAAGGCAUCCCGAAGUUUGGCCCAGCACAUCCCAGGCCCGGGUGGCAUCGAGGGCAUGAAGGGAGCGGCGUCUGGUGUCGUUGGAGAUCUGGCACGCGCCCGAAUAGCACUGGAUGAAAGAGGCCAGAAACUGGGCGAGCUCGAUGAGAAGACAGCUGCCAUGAUGGCCAGCGCAGACUACUUUUCCAAACACGCCCAUGAGAUGAUGCUGAAGUGCAAAGACAAAAAAUGGUACCAGUUCUGAUCAGUGACGGGGGAGGAGCAGAGCUCCGUGGACACAACUGUCACCUUCCAUCGGCUCAUUUGGACUCACCGUGACCCCCGCCCACCCGUCUGUCCAUUCAUCCAUCCCUCCAAGCCUUCUUCACUGGGACACUUGGGAUUUUCUUCCCUAGCACAAUGUAGAAUACUGUUCUUACCUCAGUCUUACGGUGGAACUGAGGAGUAGACUGGGGAGAAGGACAACCUCAGAGGGAGCAAAUAAAUGGUGUCUUUUAUUAUGUUUUUGUCUCUUUGUUUAUCUCUGUUCAACCUUCCUCCGAGGUAGCCAAUUGGCCGACGCACCUUGAGAUUCUUCAUUCUCACAUGCCAAAAUGUCCUUUAUUGUUGUCUCCACUCUGAGCCCAUCGGGGCCAGUAUUCAAACCGAAGAACAUAGCUGAAAAAAAAGACAAAUACGUAAUGAAGAAACAGACUACAAAAAAUUCUCAAAAUGUAAAAAAGAAGGAAAAAGAAUAUAAAUACAUCAUUAUAUAUACAUAAAUCUAUUAAAUGUGCAAUGCUGUAUCCACUUCAGAGUGACAAGUACAAAAGAAAGGAAUAACCCAUCGAGGAGACAGGAGCAUGGUGUGAAGGCCGAAGAAAGUGGUGUUGGAGAGCCACAGGAAGUGCUGUGACAGUGACCUCCUCUAUGCAGAGAGUCAGGGGGAUAAAAGCAACCUAUUUUGAUGUACACUGGAUAUUUCGUCAUCUCGCUCAACCUCUAGACUCUCCUCUGUAUCUUACAGACUUUCAUAUCGUUACCGACAGUGUGUGUGUGUGUGUGUGUGUGUGUGUGCGUGUGUGCGUGCGCGUGUGUGUGUGUAUGUAUGUUAAUUUCUAUUAUCUUACCAUUCCUCUAUUUGUUAUUCGUUGGGUUUUUUGCUCUGUCUGUAUUAUUGGAAAAUCUCUUAUUUUUCUAUUGUUGUGAAAGUGGAUGAUAUUUGAUUUGUUGAAAAAAUACGUUUUGUGGCUUAUAUCUCAAAUAAUUUCUCUUUAUGAAAAGGGCUGGAAUCUAAAAAGGAGGGCAAGGAUAUAAAAGGCAUACAUCAUUUAGUACUCACUGACAUGGCAACAUCAGCUUUCUUGACUCUGCGUAUGAACCACACACAUGUUUUGUUUACCUGAGAAUUUCAUCUAUUUACCUGAUGUGACCCUCUAAUGUCAUACGUGUCCACAGUUGGGCUUAGUCUGUGAGUGUGACUGUAAACAUGCUGAUGCUAUCAGUGUUAAUACACUGAUAGCAUAACAAGCUUUGGUGGAGUUUCCAAAUUCUGGAUGAAUAUGGCAAUUUCAUAGACAUGAGUAUGCCCUAUUUAUCCCCUAUUUAUGUGUACACAUACAUGCAGGAUAAUAGAAAUACAGACGUGUAAUCCUUUAAAGGCAUCAAUUUAAAACAUACUUCAGGUUUUGCUGACAGUUGUCUGUAUGAUAAAGUUGUCUGUGUUACUUCUUUGUUAAUAUUUAUUUAUCGAGGUGCAAGAAACAGUUAUGUUUGGUGUCAGAAACGUUCACCUUCAUUAUUAUCUUGUUUCUAUCCCCGUGUUUGCAGUAAAGCGCAAAUGCGGUGUAUCUCUCUGUCUACCAGGCUUUUAACCUUUAUUUGUAUAUAAGUAAAUAGUUUGACAAUCUAAGACCAACUGGAAAGUAAAUGUUGAGGUUGCUUCAGCAACAGAAGAGGAGAGAGGCCAUAUUUUUUCUGAUGCCAAAGAGUUGCUUUAGCUUUUCCAUUGCAUCAUCAUCUGGCUUGUCAUUCCACCAGACAGUAUACGGUAAAGAGUGUAAUACAGUAUUACAGACCUAGGAUCAGGUCUAUUUAGGAAUGUUAUCACAUUCAGGGUUCAAGAAAUGGAGCAAGUUGCAAUGGAACUCAGCCAUUUAUAGUACUAUUGUUUCACAGUAUGUCAUACAAUGUAACAUCUGGACUAAUGUGUAAUGUUUGCAGAGGCCUAACUGUUGGUUGAUAAGGCUAUUUCCAUAAAACAAGAACCUGAACCAUUCCACUAAAGCUCAGACACAAUAUUUAUGGUAUUCAUCAGUGUGUUUGAGAAUGUGUGUUUGUAUGUGUGUCAGGGUGUGCUCAUGUAAAUGAAGAUUUUGGUUCUUUAAUUAUUAAUGUUGAUGUCCUGGUCUCACCAGCCUAGUCUGUGUCCAGUUGAGUGUCUGUUACACUAACUAAAGCCACCAAUGACGAUAAAAAGAUACCAAUAGGAUACUGAGCAUCAGAGGAUGACCUCUUAAUGUAUUGGUUUAAUUUAACUGCCGCAUGUUUGGUCUUUGCACACAUGCUUGGACUCUCAUUCACUUCAGUCUUUGCCUUUCUCUCUUCCUCCAGUGAGUCCUCCACUGACUCGCUUGGUUCCACAGCGACAGAUAUGGCCUUCUCCGUGUUUAGUAAGCAUUGUAGUGUGGAUGUUGGUAGGUAGCUCUGUCUUUAACCCCCAAGGUUAAGAAGAGGGGAAAAAAAAAACAACUUCAGGAAAAAUGAUUAGUUUUAGCUAGAUGUCAUCCCCGAAAAACCUGUUCAAUGUCUUUCCCUCCGACCCAACUGUUAAUUGUGUGUUUCCGGGUUUUUUUUGGGCAAUGUUAUAUUUUUUCUUUUUCUUUUACAUCUUUGAGUUAUUUGUUUCUUCUCCAUACAAUACAGUAUGCAGUAUUCUAACCCAAUACAAUCCAAACACUCAAGCAAACAAGAGGGAGUCCACGUCUAUCUGCCAUAUGCCAUCUUCUGUCCUGGAGUCAACAGUUAUCAGUGGGUUGCAGUAUUUUU